AAACACUUAAUGAUAGUCAUAGGGUAGAAAUAAGCAAUCAGGAAACAAUAUCAAUAUAAAUCGUAAGGAUACAAGCAACAAAGUUACAGUCAUAUAGUCAUAAGUGGAAGGAGAUGGGUGGUGGGAACGAUGAGAAGAUUUAAUAAUAAUGCAGACUUGGUAAAUAGUUUGACAGUGUUGAGGGAAUUAUUUGUUUAGCAGUGAUGGCGUUCGGGAAGAAACCGUCCUUGUGUCUAGUUGUUCUGGUGUGCAGUGCUCUGUAGUGUCAUUUUGAGGGUAGGAGUUGAAACAGUUUAUGUCCAGGAUGUGAGGGGGUCUGUAGAUAUUUUCACAGCCCUCUUUUUGACUCAUGCAGUAUUUAGGUCCUCAAUGGAAGGCAGGCUGGUAGUGAUUGUUUUUGCUUCCAGAAGUUGUGGGUGCUGCAACAUUGGAAGUUUUUUUUUUUAGAAGAGACUCGACAACCAGUGUCUGAAAUGGUAUAGGGCCUCUUGCCUGAGCAGUGGGUUGGACUAGAAGACCUCUAAAGUUCCUUCCAAUUCUGUUAUUCUAUUCUGUUAUUUUCUCUUUAAUUCUGGCAAAAAAGAUGACUGGACACAGAAACCCAACAUUGGUUAAUUGCUCUGUAGAAAGAGUGCAGGGAAGAUAAUUAGUGGAUUAGAGGCUAAAAUAUAUGAUGAACAGUUGCAGGAACUGGGUAUGUCUAGUUAUUUGGGUUACUUGUUUCUCUCAUAUGGGACUUUCCAAAUUGGGGGAGGCUGGUCAUUGAACGGGACAGUUAGACACUGUAUGGACCGUGCAACUUCUCUGGCCUGGGCUUUUGUGUGGUGUGUGUGUUUGUGGGUUAAGUGCAUCCUGAAAGGUGAGGGCUGCCUUGAUGGCAAAUGCAAAAUGUGUAUUUUGCAUGAAUAUCUUCUCAUCUGGGAAGGGACGCUGCGCUUCCCCAUUCGCUGUAGCUGCGAACGCACAACCGGCUUGUCUCUCUGUGUGACCCUCUGCUGGGCGAAGGUGUGCCCCCCUGUGUGUGUAGAGCGACAUGUCCAACAACAUGGCCAAGAUUGCGGAGGCGCGCAAGACGGUAGAACAGCUGAAACUCGAGGUCAACAUUGAUCGCAUGAAGGUAAGGGGGGGGGCAGUCCUUUGGGGCCAGGAAGUGAGCCCCGAACAUCAGAUGCUCACUGAACAGUUGCCCAGGGCUGCUCCUGAAGUAAUGCAGUGAAGUAGUCUAGCUAAAGGCUUUGGGAGCCAAGGGAGAGGGACCCAAACAUUGGAAGCUCACUGAACAGUUGCCCAGGGCUGCUCCUGAAGUAACACAGUGAAGUAGUCUAGCUAAAGGCUUUGGGAGCCAAAGGACUGGGCCCUGAACAUCAAGUGCCCACUGAACAGUUGCCCAGGGCUGCUCCUGAAGUAAUGCAGUGCAGUAGUCUAGCUAAAGGCUCUGGAAGCUAAGGGAAUGGGACCCGAACAUCAGAUGCUCACUGAACAGAUGCCCAGGGCUGCUCCUGAAGUAAUGCGGUGCUGUAGUCUAGCUAAAGUCUGUCUUUCGUGCUUCCUCCUUCUUUUGGGCCAGGUGUCCAAGGCAGCAGCUGAUCUCCUGGCAUACUGCGAAGCCCACGCCAAAGAGGACCCCCUGGUCACUCCCGUCUCCUCGGCCGAGAACCCUUUCCGAGAGAAACGGCUCUUCUGCAUCGUGCUGUGAGCCAGGAUGGGCCCCUCCCCAAUUGCUUUGACCUCUCUCUUGGGUAAGAACCCCCCUCCCCAAAACACUUGACUUACAACCACUCGUUUAGUGACUGUUUGAGGCUACAAUGACACUGAGAUAGGGGACUGAUGACCCAUCCUCACAAUUACGACGGUUAUAGCAUCCCUAGGACCUCGACUUACGACUACAAUUGAGCCCAAAAUUUGUGCUGCUAAGUGAGACAACGCAAUGUCAUUGUAUGUGUGAAAAAUGCCCAUAAGUCACUUUUUUCAGGGCCAUUGUAACUUCAAACGGUCACUAAACGAACCUGUUGUAAGUCGAGGACUAUCUGUACUUCUAUUUAAACAUUGGAAGCCUGAGCUUCUGAGUUACGUUUUAUUCCUUUCUAAUCUGCCUUUCUCUAAUGUUCGCUGCUUUUUUAUUUCCCUCCAAUAUAUAUAUAUAUAUAUCCGGAUUGUUUCUUCCAAGUUGAAUAAGAAGCGCCGUAUAACAAGUGGAACAGCCUGGUUUUAACUGAAAAAAAGGAAGUUUCUAGUCCUCAUUGUCACCAAGAUCCAGUUGCCCGGAAAAUUAAAACCACACAAAUUUUCUUGUCCUGGUUUUAUUGUAAUAAAUGUUAGUCCUUUCUUUCAACCUCUUUGCUCUUAUUUUUUGUCCAAACAAAAUUUGUCAGUAAUCCAUUAAGCAUCUGUUAAAAAAAAAAAUAACCUUCUUCCGAAUUACUGGUUCGGCCUCCACUUUUCUGCUGUGGUGGAAUGACUAAAUACCCUUCCAUUAUCGUAAAAUCAUUACCGCAACUCAAGAGAUCUGGAAAUGGAAAUUGCCGGAAACGUAUUAUGGAUUUUUCCUCCCAGCCAAAUUCAAUUUGCAAAUAGCCAGAGAGGAAGACGAAGUCGGCAAGGCAGCCUCCGUUUGGGGUCAUUGUUGGCCCGCAAGACACCCCUGGGCAGAAUCCCACUCCCCAAACAAUCUUCCCACCCUUACAAAAUAAAAAUAAUAAAAAGAAAAAAUUGUAAUUGCAGGUUGUCCUCCACAUACGGCCGGCCGUUCGUUUAGCUACUGCUCCAAGUUAUGACAGCACUAAAAACAGUGACUUUAUCACUGGUCCUGGAAUUGCAACCAGAGUUACAGCAGGAAUUUCUGUUGUUAAAUGAGGUGGUUGUUAAGGGAGUUGGAGCCAGUUUUAUGACCCUUUUUUUAAAAACCACCAUUGUUAAGUAAAUCAUUAUAGUUCUUAAGCGAAUAAUCAGUUGGGUAGGUGACAAAUGGCAGUCGCACAACUCCUGUAUCUGUGGGAAAAGCAGAGCAUUUAGGUGUACAACUCGAAGAAACAUAAAAUGAAAUAAUAAAAUAAAAUACGAAGUAAGUAAAAUAAAGUAAAAUGAAACAUGACAGGCAGUAAUGCAACAAUAAAAAAAGGAAAAGGAAAAAAAAUGAAAUGAAUAAAACGAAGUAACAUAAAUAAAUAAAUAAAACAAGUAAUAAAUGAAAUAAAGUAAA